AUGGGGUUGCGGGGAAGAGGCUGCCAGACCCGGGGAAAGCUCCUGCGGUGGGGGUUUCCAAACGGCUUGCCGUCGGGAAGCGCCCAGCGAGCGUCUCUCCGCGUGGGGAAGCACUUUUCUUCGCAGGGGAAGAAAGUGCGGAGCGGGAGAAAGCUUGCAACGCCCAGCAGCAACUCGUCACAAGAGACAGCAAAACUAGGAUUGCGCCGGCGAAGCGGCUCGCGCGCUCUUAAAAGGCUGAGCCGGGUAAGCUGCGAGGAGGGAGGGGGCGUGGGAGAGCCGGGCAAAGGGAGCGCGCCGUGGCCGCCUCUCGCUCUGAUUGGUCGGUCGGUUCGGAAGCCCGCGUGACGCCUUCUCGGCUCUUGACUGGCAGGGCGGGGCGAAGAGUAGAGAGGGGCGGCGGAGGUGGGGGCGGAGAGAGAGAAGGCGGGAAGCAUCCUCGUUCGUUUCCAGCUUGGGAGAGAACGAGGGAAGCGCGCGAGGAGGAUGGGGAAAGGCGCGUGCUCGCUGGGGGGCGGGGGCGCGCGGGUUUUUGGCGCGAAGCAAAGCGCGGGAGAAAAGGCGCGAAAGCUUAUUUCGAUUUUAUUCUCUGAGGAGAAACUUUCGCUCAUUCCUCUAACCUGAAGGAGAGGUGUCUGGGCUCAAAGCCCGUCGCAGCUCUUCUCUCGCAUGUGGGUUGAAACAGUGAAAUAAUAAUAAUAAUAAUAAUAAUGUGUGAUGGGCAGUAUCGUGUAGUGGCUACAGUGCUAGACUAGGACCAGGGAGACCAGGGUUCAAAUCCCCUCACUCAACCAUGGAGCUCACCAGCCUCUCGGCUUAGCCUACCUCACAAGGUUGUUGUGAGGAUGAAAUGGAGAGGAGGAGAGCCAUGCGUGCCACCUCAAGCUCUUUGGAUGCUGUAAUGUAAUACUGUAAAUAAAACUGGGGAAACCUGGGCGCAAGUCACUCCUCAGCGUCACAGCACUUGUACAUUAUCUUCUGCUAGUCUAACUCAUCUUCUUAACCUACCUCACAAGGCUGUUGUGAGAAUAAAAGUGGGAGAAUGUGUGCUUUUUUAAUAAUAAAAAAGGAAGGAUAGGAUUGAAAUGAAAUGUAAUAACAAGCACUCUGCACAUUGCUCAGAGGCACUUUCUUUGUUAUAACACAAUACUAUUUGAGACUGAGAUGUGGUAAGUCUCGACACAUGUAAAGCACCCUUCAGGGACAAUGACCCAGGAGAUGUGCUGUGCAAUGAUGUGUGAGAAGAAACUACACCUUUUGUAUUUCAUAUUUAUUACUUUAUACAACAUGCCUUUCUUCUGUGGUGCUCAAGAUAGUAUAAAUAGAUUCCCCACCAAUACUUCACCCCAACGCUGUAAAGCAGACUGGGCUUAGAAGUAGUGACUCGCCAUAGUCCUGCAGUUUUUGCAAGUGAUUGUUAUUCAUUUGAUUUAUUUAUUUAAAACCUUCAUGUAUCUCUGAACUGCAGUCGUCUCGAAAUAGUUUACAAAGAUACAAUGCCCCAGAAGUAAACAUCAGUUAUAACGACAAAAACAAACAUAAAAUGGCUGCUGGCAAGAGUGUCAGCUUGGCCCUGCAAUCAUGGGUGCCUAGGGCCAUACGUGCCAUGCAGCGUGCAUGGCCCUGGCACCGAAAUUUGUGGGUGCCCUGCCCCUUCACGGGGAAUUUUGUGGGUGCUUGGGCACCCAGGGCCCCAGGAAGUUGGCAGCUAUGCCCACUGGAAUAAAAAGGUCUUCAACAGGUGCCAUAAGGGAGGAAGGCCUGUCAGACAUCAACUGGAAAGGAGUUCCGUAAAAUUGGGCGCACAAUGUAGCUGGAGCCUCCAGACCAGGCUCAAGGGUAGCCACGCAUAGAGCACAUUGCAAUAAUCAAGUUAUGUUGCCAUGUUGCUCUGCACUGUGAGAGGAAUGGCGAUGUAGCAAUUAAAUAAUAAUAAUUUUUCAUUUGCAUUUUUUAAAAUUCCGCAAAUGCUUUGUACAAACUUUUUCUAUAGCUUCAAAUGCAAUGAUGAUAAGAAAUCUCCACCCUCCUACUCCCAAAUUAAUGCCCUGCCUUUGUUUUUGUUUUGUUUUUCAAAUUCGAAGCCAUUAUAUUGGUAACCAGAUACAUUAUUAACCACCCAGUGCCAAAGCCUUAUUCAUAUCAACACCUCCUUUAUAACAUUCCCAAUAUUCUUCAAGGCUGAAUCCUUAUUAUUCCAAUAUGUUAUAAAAAUUGACCGUUUUUUCUCACUGCCUUCCUUAUCGAAACAUAAUAAUGCUUGUUAAUUAUUUUUUAAUAUUGCUUUUUAAAAAUGUAUUUAAUCAAAACCAUACAAUUCAAAACCAUGUAAGAAAUGAGGCAGGGGUUCCCACACUCCCAUUUCCAUCCCUACAGAUCACUUUACAAUUGCUCUCGGUGGACCACUUAAUGAUUUUUCUGCUUGUUGUAUCAAUGGUAAAGCACUUCAGUAGAUGCUACAUGAUUUGUAAUGGUAUUUUCACCAACACUCCAUGAACCACCUGAAUGAAGCUCAUGGACCAACUGGUGGUCUAUGAGUCACACGGUAUGGGAAUCCCUGAAACAAGGAAAUAGAGAAAGAAGGAAGGAAAUACAGAGAAUAAAAAUGAAAAUUAAACUUCUCCCACACACAAAAAAAGAGAGGUACAGAUUUGGGUCAUAAUUCUUCGGAAGAAUAAUAGCAUGUUGGUUAAUUGUUCCCUCUUUUUCCAAUGUCCAGGCUGUGAAUGUCAUUUCUUACACAGCCAGAUUGGCAACAUCUGUCCAGGGAGGCAGCAGUAGAAGUACUAGAAGUUUGCAGAAGUAUAAAAAAAAAGUUUAGUCCUAUAGAACGAACCCUUAAAAUAGUUCAGUGUAAAUUCUGACUGGCUGUUAUGUGCGGGGCGGAAAAUCAGGGGUGGGGCCAUCCUACCUAGCCCUGAGCUGGUGCCAGACACUGAGUCCUUGGAGGACAAACCAGACGCUUCACAGGGCAAGAACCUUGAGCAACAGGCAGGGCCUCCUAGCACCAGUGCUGAGAAUCUUCCUGUGGAGCUGUCUAGGUUGAGACCUGCUGAAGAACUUUGUUAGAGGAUGUCAGGGAACUGCCAUCGGAGCUAGAGGCGGAGGGAAGGCUCCAGAGGGAUGCCGGAGAGGGUCCCAGUAGGGAGAGAGGCAGCCCGUCCACUGGGGAAGGAAAUCAGUGUAACACCAGUGGAGAAGGGGGGCAGAUGGGGGAAUCGGAGAGGAGGCUCCAAGACUCCUCACCGGAGACCAGCGGAGAGAGUACAGGUCCUCCGCUGCCCACACCCUCCCUGCACAGAAGGCUUCCGCGCAGGGAGACUAGACGGAGACUAGGCAUCAAAGAACUUUUGUGCUGGAAGAAGUUCAAGAAACGCCCACUGACGGAUACUGCCAGCGACUGAGACAGCCACGAAGCUAGAAGCUGUCCGGUCAGAAAGGGUUCAGCCAGGUAACCUAGCCAGGAGUGGCGGCAACUUACGCACGAGCAACCCCUAAACCCAUUACAGAGGAGGAGGAGGAAGAGCCACCCCUCAGUCUCUGAGAAGAUUGGUGCCAAAAGGCCCAGAGUCCAAUCCAAAGAGCCAUGACACAACGUAUGUCUACAGACUUUGAGUCAUCAUGUGGCUCAUGAGUAAGGGGUCUACUUGUGAAUGAAGAAUCCCUAAAACUUAGUUACUACCAAGCAGCUGCAGCUUGAACAUACAUCCCCAAACUCGGCCCUCCAGAUGUUUUGGGACUAGAGUGGUUCCUUGGGUUAAGUACUUAAUUCGUUCUGGAGGUCCGUUCUUAACCUGAAACUGUUCUUAACCUGAAGCACCACUUUAGCUAAUGGGGCCUCCCGCUGCCGCUGCGCUGCCGGAGCACGAUUUCUGUUCUCAUUCUGAAGCAAAGUUCUUAACCUGAGGUACUAUUUCUGGGUUAGCGGAGUCUGUAACCUGAAGCGUAUGUAACCUGAAGCGUAUGUAACCCGAGGUACCACUGUACAACUCCCAUCAUCCCUAGCUAACAGUACCAGUGGUCAGGGAUGAUGGGAGUUGUAGUCCCAAAACAUCUGUAGGGUUGAGUUUGGUGAUGCCUGAGCUAGAAUGUGGUUUAGGAGGCCACAGAAUAUAAAGUGAUUGGGCUUGGCUUAACUGAGACUAUGCUGUACCUUGGACUGUACUUUCUUGGACAACUGUUUUGGUAAAAGGCUUUUACCUCACUGAGACCCCAGGCUUUGAGAGAAUCUUCUGGAGCACAACAGGGAAGGGAACAGCUGGAAUUUUGGGCAGCAAUGCUCCACAAUGCAACCUUUUGUUGCAGGCCCCACUUGUAUACUCAGUUCAAGGCAGGGGAGAGAUCUGAAUGAGGGACUACCUGAUUAAUUGCUCAUUUUCAUUUUUAAAAAUCCAUAUCCCACUUCCCCCUCCACAAAGAAGCUCCUUGCAGCAGCCGACAAAUCUAUAUGCAAAAAUUAUCGAACCAUUAAAACCCAAAUUACCAAACUAGAAACAGCAGCACAUAAAGAGCAGAACUAACAAUAUAUACAUUAAGCUGCAACAGAAUUAAAAAGCUUGUUUAAAAAUGAGUAUCUUCAGUUGCUGGUGGAACACGAAUGAAGAGAAAGGUUGUUUUUAUUCUUUUGUUAUACUCUUUUUAACAGGAUUUAUAUGCCGCUUAAUCAUCAAAUCCUCUAAGCAGCUUACAUAAAAUAUAAAAUAUGCAAUAAAAUUAUCAAUAAAGUCAGCAGUUUUAAAAAAUAUGCAUUGUAAAAUAAUAUGUACAUAUUAAAGUACAUGUCAAAUGUACUUUAUGGGUAGGCUCACUUAAACAAAAGAAAUCUUUAGCAGCUCCCCCCAAAAAGUACAGCACUUGCCUGAUAUCAAAGUGCUGAUCUUUGGUAUUGAUCCUGGGGCUGAGACUCAGCUAAGGUUAACUCUGCCUGCCCUCUAGUGGCUAACGGUAACAAGCCCACACCCAUUCAUAGUCAAGUCUUCUUGUUUCUAGUUCCAUCUGCACCAUACAUUUAAAGCACUCCUAUGUCACUUUAGCAGUAAUGGAGAAUUCUGGGAACUGCCGUUUGCUCAAGGUGCUGAACUUGCAAAGCUACGAUUCUCAGCACCCUUAAGAAGCUGCAGUUCUCAGGAAUCUCCACAACUACUAAAGUGGUAUAAUACCACUUUAAAUGUAAGGUAUGAAUGUUUCCUUUGUUAGGAGAGCUUCACACAGCUCUUCCUAUAAGGAAUUUUUUAAAAGCAAAUCUAUGUUGGCAAGAUCCAAACAUGAGUUGAACCGCAUUUUGUUAGGGCAGAACCUGAUUCUGACACUCACCAAAAACAUUGUGGACUAUUUGCAAGCCUCAAAGUGAAUUCCUCCCUUUGAUGUGACUUUUUGCAGGCCUCAUGUACUAAGGCUGAAAUAAUGGCACCAUUGGCACAGACUACACUGAUCCGAAGCCAAUCUCUGUCUGUGGCUGAAGCACCCUGCAAGGACUGGAUGAUAAGGUUAGCUUGCGCAGAAACAUUGCUUGCAACCCCUGGACUUUCACAUUUACAGCCAACGGGGAUUUUGCUGCUGAUUACACCAAGAUUGUGGCUUAUAGUUUAUGACCGAGCUUUGAAGUUCUGACAUGUGUCAGCCAGCCAGUGAGGAGAGCUAAGUGCUAAACAGCAGGAUCGAGUUCAACUUUCCUGGCUAUUGAGCACUAGUGUGCAGUACGUGCAACAGAGCUUUGUUAUGAGAACGAAGUGUUGUUCGGUAUUAAAGCCAUAUGUCUUUUGCUUUGACAGGCAAGGUCAAUACAAUUGCAGAGAAGUCUAA